AAACAUCCCACAAUGCAACGCGGUCAAACGAAUCUACUUCAUCAACACAUGGCUCAUGCUUGCUAAUAAUUUUCUUUUUUAACUUAAACUCAACGACAUUUUCAAGCGUUUGUCUAUUUUAAUUCUGUUUCCAAAUGAAAGUUAAAGUCCUCUCGAGGAACCCGGAUGAUUAUGUCCGGGAGACAACACUAGAUAUUCAGCGUGUCCCUAGAAACUAUGACCCAACACUCCAUCCGUUUGAGGUGAGCAGAGAGUACACCCGGGCUCUGAAUGCCACUAAGCUUGAGCGAGUGUUCGCCAAGCCUUUCCUUGCCUCUCUGGAUGGACACAGAGAUGGGGUGAACUGCAUGGCCAAGCACACCAAGAGCCUCUCCACCCUGCUCUCUGGCUCCUGCGAUGGGGAGGUGAAAUUGUGGAAUCUGACUAAACGUGAAUGUGUCCGCACACUUCAAGCACAUGAAGGUUUUGUUCGUGGAAUGGUAGUCCGCCAUUGUGGAACAUCCUUCUUUACGGUUGGUGAUGACAAAACAAUAAAGCAAUGGAAAAUGGAGGCGCCAGGUUAUGGAGAAGAAGAGGAGCCACUCAAUACUAUUCUGGGCAAGACAGUCUUCACUGGAUUAGACCAUCACCAGAAAGACGCUGUGUUUGCAACAUGUGGCCAGCAGGUGGACAUCUGGGACGAGCAGAGGAGCAGCCCCAUCCGCUCUUUCACUUGGGGUGUUGACAGCUUCAGCGCAGUCCGCUUUAACCCUGUGGAGACUGAACUUCUUGCAAGUUGUGCCUCUGACAGAAGUAUAGUGCUCUAUGACAUGAGAGAAUCAGCACCACUUAAAAAGGUUAUCAUGACGAUGAGGAGCAACACAGUAUGCUGGAACCCUAUGGAGGCCUAUUACUUCACAUGUGCAAAUGAGGACUACAACCUCUAUACAUAUGACAUGAGGUCCCUGGACCAACCAGUCACAGUGCACAUGGACCACGUCUCUGCAGUGCUGGAUGCUGACUAUUCUCCAACUGGGAAGGAGUUUGUAUCUGCCAGUUUUGACAAAACAAUCCGCAUCUUCCCCAAAGACGGUGGUUACAGCAGGGAAGUGUACCACACCAAACGCAUGCAGCAUGUCAUCUGCAUAAAGUGGUCGUCAGACAGCAAGUACAUCCUGAGUGGUUCUGAUGAAAUGAACAUCCGACUGUGGAAAGCCAACGCAGCGGAGAAACUAGGAGUGCUGGCCCCCAGAGAGAGGCAGGCAAUCAACUACAGCCAGAAGUUGAAGGAGAAGUUCCAGCACCACCCGCAGAUCAGACGCAUCUCUCGUCACAGACAUCUACCCAAGAACAUCUACCACCAGACCAGGGAGCUGAGGAUUAUGAAAGAGGCUCGCCGAAGGAAGGAGAGCAAUGUCCGCAAGCACAGCAAGCCAGGAAGUGUUCCUGUGGUCUCCGAGAAGGAGAAGCACAUUGUGACAGUGGUCAAAUAGGCAGAGUUGGAGAAGACGACGGAAGAUCGAAAGAGCCGCCAUCAAGAGAUGAGGUGGAGCCCAAGAUCACACUCGCAUGGGACAUACGCAGACUGAUCUCACCUAAGAUUGGGGGGAAAAGUUUGAAUUUGUCAGUUGUGCAAGGACACGUGACCAGUUCUGCAUCAUUUGAAGUACAAGGACACAGACUGUAAAUACAUUUUGUAAAAUGUAGAGCAUUCUCUUUCUGCCACUAAAGCAAAGAUCUGCUGUUCUUUUCAAUAAGCAGUUGUUGGAGGAUUCCUUUUCCCAAUAGUUCUGUAUUCGACUGACUAAUCCCACAUUUUGCUUUUAGCAAGUUUGUAUUUUUUAUUUCAGGAUCAACAUCAAUGUAAGAAAUUAAGACCAGCAUAAUAAAGUUUCAAAAAAAUACCAGAGA